AUGGAUGCCGAUUUUAAGGCUCAGCUAGAUCAAGAACGAACAAAAGUUGAAGAUGCAUUUGAUUUUCUUGGUUGUAAAGUUGGUCGAGGUACCUAUGGACAUGUUUAUAAAGCAAAAAAGAAAGAUGGAAAUGAUACAAGAGACUAUGCAUUGAAACAGAUCGAAGGUGCUGGUUUAUCAACAAGUGCUUGUCGAGAAAUUUCCUUAUUACGUGAAUUAAAGCAUAUCAAUGUGAUAACAUUACAACGUGUCUUUCUUUCACAUGCUGAUCGUCGAGUUUUUCUUCUGUUUGAUUUUGCUGAACAUGACUUAUGGCAUAUUAUUAAAUUUCAUCGGUCAGCUAAGCAGAAUAAAAAAACUGUUAUAUGUGCACGCGGUAUGGUUAAAUCAUUACUUUAUCAAAUACUUGCUGGAAUACAUUAUUUACAUUCCAAUUGGAUUUUACAUCGAGAUUUGAAACCAGCCAAUAUUCUAGUGAUGGGCGAGGGACCUGAGCGUGGCCGAGUUAAAAUUGCUGAUAUGGGUUUUGCUCGUUUAUUUAAUUCGCCACUUAAACCCAUGGCUGAUCUCGAUCCUGUCGUUGUAACAUUUUGGUACCGUGCACCAGAAUUAUUACUCGGCGCCCGACAUUAUACAAAAGCUAUUGAUAUAUGGGCUAUCGGAUGCAUAUUUGCUGAAUUAUUAACUUAUGAGCCAAUAUUUCAUUGUAAACAAGAAGAUAUAAAAACAAGUACACCGUAUCAUCAUGAUCAACUCGAUCGAAUUUUUUCUGUUAUGAGUUUUCCAGCUGACAAAGAAUGGGAAGAUAUGAAACGAAUGCCCGAAUACAUACGUUUAUCAAAAGAAUUCAAAAAGAGCAAUUAUGCGAAUUGUAGUUUAAGUAAAUACAUGGAAAAACAUAACAUACGAUCGGAUAGCCGAGCUUUUCAAUUACUUACACGUUUGCUUACUAUUGAUCCAAUCAAAAGAUUAUCUGCGUUAGAUGCAAUGAAUGAUUUAUAUUUCAAAGAAGAUCCUCGGCCUAGUGAUGACGUAUUCGAUUCUACCCCAAUACCUUAUCCAAAACGUGAAUUUAUCACCGAUGAUGAUAAUUCUGAUGCUGCCGCACAUGUACCAAAAACCGAGCCUGCGGUUGUUGUUAAAACUGAAGCUUCAUCCGUGCUUCUAACUCAACAGCAAUCAUCUCAUGUAACACAUAGUCAACAACAACCACCCAAUGUACAUAUUAAGCAACAGCCGCAACAACAACAACAACAACAACAUAAUAUUGUUCAGCAAACACACGCACAACAAAUUAAAUUACUACAGCAACAUUCAUCAGGGCAACCACCAGAGAAGAAAUUACGUGUGUCAGGAACUUAUACCAGUGGUGAUCCAUCGAAUUAUGAAUACCAAAGAAAUCCAAAUCAACAACAACAACAACAACAACAGCAGCAGCAGCAACAACAGAUUUAUCAACGUUUUUAG